UGGGGGAACGGAACAUGAUGAGGAGGAGACGCAGUUGCUCACUUUUAGCGUUGCGUGAGAGAAGAGAAAUUCAUAAAUAGAUACAUAGAUAUAGUGAGAGAGAGAGAGAGAUGGGUUGGUGUAGCUUUGGUGGAUGUAGAGAUGGGAAAUAGGUGGAGAAAAUUUCUUCUCAUUUUGCUUCUUGUUCUGUUUCUUCUUCAAGGGGUGCAGUCCGUUGGCACCAAUGAUUCAGCCCCCAUGCAGGAAACAGCAGGAGUAAACAAAAUGACCACCAACAAACGGGGAGGUGGUGGCGGGUCAGGUGGUGGCCAUUCGGGUGGUGGCCAUUCGGGUGGUGGCCGUUCAGGUGGUGGCCGUUCAGGUGGCUCAUCUGAUAAUGGUGGUGGUAGAGGCUCGGAUGGCACUUCCAGCACACCUGAUGGAAGGAUAAUUCCACUAAUUGGAGGGGCCCUGACUGCCCCAAGGAACGGAGCUGCUGCUGCCCACCGGAGGCACAACGCUGCAAGCAGCAGCUACAGCUGCUCCCUUCCCAUUCUGCUCAGUAUUACUGCACUUGGAUCUAUCUUUCUGGCUUUGUAAAUAGGCAUGCAAUGAAAAAUACGCGAGUUUGUAGCAAAAAAAAAAAUAAAUAAAUUACACAAUGUGGUUAGUGUGUUGGUUUUUAUGUCAAGUCCGGCUGCUUUACGAUGUUUUCGAGAUUUGUAUGCUUGGUAACCAUGGACUACUGCCUCUUUGCUUCUGUACUACAUCAAGUGAUCAAUUGAAUGCAUCCAUUUGCUA